UUAUGCCAAAUUAGCAUGUAUAUAUAGCCUUGACAGACUUUAGAAUCAACUCCUUCAGUAAACCAGUUCCCAUUUUUGAGUCAGAAAUGCAAUGCAGCCCUCAUCGGAAUCAACCCCAGACUUCAAACUCGGCCAGCGAGUCCACUCCGCCGGUGACCCCCGACGAAUCGGCACGGUCAAGUACUUAGGGCCCGUCGAAGGCUAUUCCGGCACAUGGGUCGGAGUCGAUUGGGACAACAGAGACGGCAAGCAUGAUGGGUCCCUCAACGUGGUCAAAUAUUUCCACGCGUCCUCCGAAAAAUCCGGGUCCUUUGUUCGGCCCCACAAUCUCAGCUCCGGGAUUUCGUUCCUGAAAGCUCUCGAGCUCAGAUAUCGAGGCCAGACCACCCAGGAAGAAGAUGAUGAAAUGUAUGUGCUUUCGGCGAGUAACAAGCGUGUCAAUGUUGAACUUGUUGGUAAAGACAAGAUUCAAGACAAGCUGAGUUGCUUUGAAGAGUUGACGAGUGCUUCCGUGUCUUAUUUGGGUGUUAGCUCUGUAGAGGUACUCAAACAUUCAUUGCCAGCAAUUGAGGAACUACAUCUUAUGGCAAAUCAUAUAAGUACGAUUAAGCCUGCAUCUUCUUCAGCAGUUCAGGGAUUUGAUAAUUUGCGACUCCUGAAUUUGGAUGACAAUUGUAUAUCUGAUUGGAAUGAGGUCUUGAAACUCUCACUGCUACCAAGCUUGGAGCAGCUACAUUUGAACAAUAACAAUUUGAGCGAUGUCUUUUAUCCUGAUGCUGCUAUGAUGGUUGAACAACUCAAUGGUCACAAGUCGCAUGAAAAAGGCCAGAAGCCAUUUCAAAAUUUGCGUUGCCUCCUUCUUGGAGGCAAUAAUAUUAUGGACCCUGCCUCUAUUGAUGCGCUAAACUCAUUCCCAGAAUUGGUGGAUGUCAGGCUUUCUGGAAAUCCAGUGUCCGAUCCAGGACAGGGUGGUACCCCAAGAUUCGUUUUUGUUGACCGGUUAGGAAAGGUUGAAAUGUUGAAUGGGAGUGAGGUUACUUCUCGUGAAAGAAAGUCUGAGAUUCGGUAUGUCCGGUUAGUUAUGUCAAAGCAAGAAAAUAUUCAAGAAAUCAAGCUGCUUCACCCAAGAUUUGCUGAGCUCAAGGCUUUUCAUGGAAUUGAGGAUGAAAAGCCAUUGGUCGGAGGAGCAGGCCCUCAGAGGAUGGCUACAGGACUUUUGUCUGUUACUCUGAAAUGUGUUGGAGCAUCUAUGGGUGAGAAGCCCUCCUUGGUGAAGAAACUACCAGGCACCACAACGGUUGGUAAGCUAAAAUUUCUUUGUGAAAGCUUUUUAAAGCUGAAGUCUAUGAAGUUGAAGUUGUUUCUUCAAGAAGAGGGUACUCCUUUGCCAAUGUUGCUCGAUGAUGAGAUGGAGAGUUUGACAGGCCUUGGGAUUGGCGAUGAAUCCACCAUUCUUGUGGAUGAAGAGAGCUAAGAAAAUCCAAAGACUCAGAAACAAAUAUGUUGCAAAGAAGUUGAAAUGAAAUUCCAAUUGAGGGAAGAAUUUGAAUUCAUUUAC